AUCAGACCACACAUCACUCAGCCGGCCACGUGCAACCACGUACAGACAAUUGCUCGCCCCUUUUUCCUCUGUUAAAGUUUUAAAGCUGAACAACAUGCAAACCCAAGGCCGAAUACACAUCUUCCUCAUCCUCUCUAUCGCCAUGGGUGUAUUAAAGCUCUCUGCAGGGGACAACACCUUCAGCCCGGAGGAGAAUGUGGAAUACUCCACCAUGGAUUAUAGCGACUUUCAGACAGUUUGUGAAAAAGUCGAAGUCCGUAACUUUCGCUCGGCCUUCUUGCCCGCAAUGUACGCAAUCGUUGGCCUGGUGGGACUGGCAGGCAAUGGACUGGUGAUGGUCAGGUAUUUGUACUUUAACCGGCUCAAAACUGGAACAGAUUACUACAUGCUAAACCUGGCUAUAGCGGACAUUGUGUUCCUACUGACCCUGCCCUUCUGGGCCGUGAGCGUAGCAAAGACCUGGAUUUUCGGCAACGAGAUGUGCAAGAUCAUUUACUGCCUCUACAAGAUGAGCUUCUUCAGUGGGAUGUUCCUGCUCAUGUGCGUCAGCAUGGAAAGAUACUUUGCCAUCGUUCAAGCCCCAUCGGCUCACCGCCACCGAUCGAAGACCGUGUUGAUCAGCAAGCUGUCCAGCCUUGGCAUCUGGGUCUUCGCCUUUCUGCUUUCCAUUCCUGAGCUGCUUUACAGCGGCGUGAAGGAGAACGCUAAGGUAGACAUGUGCAUAAUAUUUUCUGACAGCAUUCAGAGCCUGACCGCCAAGUUGAAGAUCUCCCAGAUGUUCUUCGGCUUUUUCCUACCUCUCCUUAUCAUGGUUUCCUGUUAUUGCAUGAUCAUCAGGAAGCUGCUCCAAGCGCGCAACUUCGAAAAAUACAAAGCGAUAAAAGUCAUCAUUGCCAUCGUCAUCGUCUUUGUGGCUUUCCAGCUUCCGUACAAUAGCGUCAUGUUAAUCAGGGCCUUCUCUAACAGCACUGAAUGUGACACAAGCAAGAAUCUGGACAUUGCCGACGACGUUACCUAUAGCCUGGCUUGCUUCCGGUGCUGCCUCAACCCCUUCCUCUAUGCCAUUAUUGGAAUUAAGUUCAGGAAUGACCUGUACAAGCUCUUCAAGGAUAUCGGUUGCCUGAGCCAGGAAAAAUGUUCAGAAUGGUCCUCAGCCAAGCCCAGCAAGAGAACUUCUUUGGCCAUGGACACGGAGACCACAACCACCUUUUCUCCAUGAGAUGUUCUGCCUGUGGCUCUUCAGAGCAGCACAAUAUGAGUUUCUAUCUGGGCUUAACUGCCUAACAAUUUGAAUUGACUCUUGAGUAUCUGAAAGCAGAAGGAACAGAUACAUAAAAGCCAGGAUGGAGCAGGGCUACUAUAUGGGGACAGCAGAACUUUUCAAAAUUUGUAUUUUUGAAUUUUUACACCCUGUGGCCAACUUGGUCCUCCUGAGGUGUGCCAAGCUACAGGGGCAUCUAAAAAUCCAUACGGAGAAGAGUUAUUUUGUUUGUAUAUUUUAUUUCAGAAACUGUUUUGACUGACAAUCCAAGUAUAUUCUCUUGUGAAAUGUCCACCAUGUAUUUACAGCCGGUGACUCUGUGUAGAAAGGUAUACUGGGAAAGAAGAUGGUGAAAGUUGCCCCUUUAGAGGAACCUGUAAUGAAGAGUUCAAAUCUGAGAAGAAUGUUGUUUUAAGCGCUGCUACUAUAGGCACCAUCUCUCCCUACUAUACCUGCUAUCCCACAGCCCCAGUCCCUUCCCAGAGGCUAUU